CAAAACAAAACAAUGUCGCGCCAGCUAAGUUUUAAUCCACGAACAGAAUAUGAAUUAAUUGAGUAUCCUGGAAAGGUGGUGGACACCGAGAAGAUGAUGGCCACCUUGGGUGGACCAGUUAAUAUAUCGAAGGUAUUGGGCGAUGAAGUCAAACGCUUGCAUCUAAGGUUUCAUCCGGACAAUCCAUACAACAAGCCCGUCUUUGGUGAUUGCAUAGAUAAGACGGGAAUACUUCUGUCCAUUACAGUGAGACGCCAUAAGAAGAACAAGCAGCUUCCACCCAAGUAUAUUGUCCGCGUACUGGGCCACUGCAGCCGCAGUUUUACCUUUGAAUCUCUAUGUGACUUUCAGUAUUUACCAUUGUGGUCCACGCCAAAGAGUGAAAAUGCCAUUGCGGCCAUGGAAUUGACCUAUGCCCUGGAUGAAGUACAACCCAAGCAUGUAACUGAUUUGGAUUAUUUCAAACGUCCUCAGUCACAAUUGCUUUGCCUGCCUGAACUUUUUGCCCGUGUGGAUAUUGUUCAUUCGGGCAAUUAUCGCUUGGAUGAUAGCUCUGAAGAUGGUCUGCAUGAAGUCCUUGGUGUUAAUACCAUAUCGAACUAUGAGAAUCACGAUGCUGUCUCAUUUAAUAUGCUAGACACUUUUCCCACUCAGCCAGAUGCUCAGAUCCUUAAGCGACUCAAGAUCAAAUAUGUUUCGGAUGAGCAAUUCGCUCGGGUUAAAAAACUCUUUGAUGAUUGCCCCAUUUGGACACGCAUAGCUCUGCUAUAUGAGUCUGGUGUCCGCCAUGACAAGCUAAAGUGUAUAAUUCCUUCGUUGGCUUACUAUUUCAACAAUGGCCCGUGGCGUACACUCUAUGUACGUUACGGCUAUGAUCCUCGCAAGGAUUUCAAGAGUCGUUUGUAUCAGACUUUUGAUUUUCGUUUACGUUUUGGUUCCGGUGUCUCGGAGUUCGUUUAUUCCCGAAAAUAUGCUAAACAGAAAAAACUUGCCGCCAUGGCAAAUUCCUCAUCUGCCUCGGCGGAAGAUGCCAUCAAAUAUGACCUAGUCCAAAAUAUUGAUUAUCCAUAUUUCGAUGAGCAUAAGUUACCUCGUUCCAGGCAAUGUAUGUUACGCUAUUGUGAUGUUCGUUUGCCAAAAAUUCAGGAUAUGAUCGAAAAAAUACCCACUCCUUUGACUGGUGCCGUUUGCAAUGAGCGUACUGGAUGGCUACCACCAAGUUUUGAUGCUCAAGUCCGACAAAUUGUCUGCACAACAAUAAGUGAACUAUUGCGGAAUCAUUAUCGCAAAGAACAUUUAACUGCCGAAGUUGAGGCAGUGCCACAGGAAGGCGAGGAAGACGACUAUGCAGAAGAUGGUGAAGAGGAGAUACAGGAAGAGGAUAUAGAAAUGGAUGAGACACAAGCCAUGAAUACUACCGAAACGGAUGCCUAUGCGGACAAGGAUUGUGAAAUUGAACAAAUAUUUCAUAAUAUGACAAGCUGAGGGAAUAUUUUAUUGUUAGCAUUUAUAGUUAAAAUAAAAGAAGACGGGCUCGAAGUUUUUAUAAAUCUAAUUAAAUUUUGAAAAAAUUAUAAAAUUUAUAUUGUUCGAAA